AUGGCCCCCAAAGCUGCGGACAAGAAGCCUGCCUCCAAGGCCCCUGCCACCGCCUCUAAGGCGCCCGAGAAGAAGGAUGCUGGCAAAAAGACCGCGCCUUCGGGCGACAAGAAGAAGCGGACCAAGGCUCGCAAGGAGACUUACUCUUCUUACAUUUACAAGGUCCUGAAGCAGGUCCACCCCGACACCGGUAUUUCGAACCGCGCCAUGUCCAUUCUCAACUCCUUUGUCAAUGACAUUUUCGAGCGCGUCGCCACUGAGGCCUCCAAGCUUGCCGCCUACAACAAGAAGUCGACCAUUUCAUCGCGUGAGAUCCAGACGUCAGUCCGCCUGAUCCUUCCGGGUGAGCUGGCCAAGCACGCGGUUUCGGAAGGCACCAAGGCCGUCACCAAGUAUUCCUCCAGCACUAAAUAA